AUGUGCUGGCUAUUUUCCGCUGGUUUAGCAAAUGAAGGUCAUUUUACUAUAGAAAAACGACAAUACUACAAAAAUCGUGUAAAGCAAAUGUUUUAUCAUGCGUACGAUGGUUAUCUUAAGUACAGUUAUCCAUAUGAUGAAUUGAGACCGGUGACGUGUGAUGGUAUGGAUACCUGGGGAGGUUAUUCAUUAUCAUUAGUUGACGCACUGGAUACAUUAGCCGUGUUGAAUAAUUUUACUGAAUUUCAACGUGUUUAUGAUUUAAUGAAAAAUAUUGACAUUGAAAGAGACAUUAAUGUAUCAGUAUUUGAAACGAAUAUAAGAGUUAUUGGAGGUUUGCUAUCAGCGCAUUUACUUGCUAAACGUAUGAAUGUUAAAGUGAAUUCGACUUGGCCAUGUACUGGCCCUUUGCUUGAUUUGGCUGCUUCACUAGCAAGAAAAUUAUUGCCAGCUUUUGAUACAAUGACGGGUAUGCCGUAUGGCACAGUAAAUCUUUUUUGGGGAGUACCACCUGAUGAAACAAACGAGACGUGCACAGCUGGUGUGGGCACAUUUCUAAUUGAAUUUUCAACGUUAUCUCGUUUAACAAAUGAUCCUAUAUUUGAACGAACAGCUUUGAAAUCUUUACAAAAUGUAUGGCAGCGACGAUCAUCGAUUGAUCUUGUCGGAAACCAUAUCAAUGUACAGACUGGGGAAUGGACAGCACUUGAUUGCACAAUUGGAUCGGGUGUUGAUUCCUAUUUUGAAUAUCUUGUUAAAGGAGCAAUUUUGUUACAAGAGCCAAGUCUAAUGCAAAUGAUGAAUGAAUUUGCUGCUGCAAUAGAAAAGUACAUGUCUGAUUCAGAUGGAUGGUAUGUUUAUGCACACAGUGAUCAAGGCCGAAAAACAUUGCCCAUGUUUCAAGCAUUGGACGCAUUUUAUCCAGGACUGCUGGUUUUAAUGGGUGAUAUUAAUCGUGCAAUAAAAACUUUAUAUUCUUAUCAUACACUGUGGAGAAAGUACGGUGCCAUGCCAGAAUAUUAUAAUUUAGUUACACAAGAACCAGUGCAAAAUCGAGAAGGGUAUCCGUUAAGACCGGAACAUAUUGAAUCCUUGAUGUACGUAUAUAAAGCAACGAAUGAUGAUCAACUAUUAUUCAUGGCUGCUGAUAUAUUUGAAGCAAUUGAAUCAUGUUGCAAAACAUCGUGUGGUUAUACAUCGUUGAAAAAUGUAAAAGAUCAUCAACUUGAUAAUCGCAUGGAAUCAUUUUUUCUUGCAGAAACAAUUAAAUACUUGUAUUUAAUAUUCGAUGAGGAUAAUUUUUUGCAUAAUAAUGGAUUGUACAGUAUCAAACAUCAGACACCAACAGGCUCAUGUUUUCUUGAAACCAGUUAUAUCUUUAAUACUGAAGCUCAUCCAAUUGAUGUUGGAUCAUUAGAAUGCUGUAAAUCGAAACAUGAAGAGGAAGAAAAUUUAGAAUAUUAUCUUUUAUUAAGUGCAAUGAAAACAUUAAAACAUGAUAAAAUAUUUUUUACGACAGUUUUAAACAUGGUUGUCGGUGCACUAUGGCAAUUAUUGAAACGUCAUCGCAAAAAAUUAUUUUUUAUCUCACUGUUAACUGGUGGUAUAAUUCGUGGUUAUGCAGCUUUUCGAUUUAUGAAUACAAAACUACAGUCUAUGUUGAAUGAACAAGAAAAAAUGGUACUAGAUUGGAAAAAACAAUUGUAUUAUACUCAUAAUCGUGAUCUAUCUUUGAAAACAGGUGCUGAUAUAUUUUCACAAGUGUGUAUUAAUCUUAAUCAGACGUUUGAAUGUGAAACACUACUUCAACAAUUAUCAAUUACAUCUGAUUCAACAACAAAACGUGAAUUAUGGGAACAACUACGUAUUGAAUGUUUUUCUCGUUUAAUUACUUUUUCUUACAGUUCAAGUUUUAUAUUAUCAUUAACCGAAUUGGUUGUAAGUGCUCUAAGUGGAAGAUUAUAUUCACAAUCACAACAGCAACAACAGACACCAUUAUCAGCCACAACAGCAAAAUCAUCGUACGCAGAGUCAUCGCAAAAUCAUUCCAUUAUAUCACAUGACAUUCAACUAGCAUGUCUCGAUGUUAUUCGUUAUGCUACAGUCGAUGGAUUGAAUUUCUUAAUUGAAGAUGUUCGAAAAGCGACAAAGUUAAUUUUUUCACGAAUACCCCUGCAACAAAUGUUGGAUAUUCAGGAUGUGAUAUGGUAUUGCAAUGAAAUUCGUCAUCAUCUUGAGAAAAAGUCAACAGUCAUGCAUUCAAGACAACAACAACAACCUAGUAUUCAUCCAUUUAUGAAAUAUGUUCGAUCAUCAUCAUUACCAGGAGGACAGCCAACUCAGUUGUCUCAGCCCAGCGAAAUGCUACCAUAUUCAUUAACUAACACAAAUUCAUUUUUCACAACUCGAAACCAUCGUCCACGACCAUCUCUAUUCAAUAUCCAACAACAAUUUGAACUCGAAUGUAUUGAAAUGAUUGAAAGUGAAACAUUUCAGCAAGUCUUAACACAUGUUAUUAACCAAAGUUUUUCUUCUAUUUAUGAUGAAUUUGCAAGUGAAAUAGCAAAAAUAAAACCAUUAUCAGUGAAUUCGGAUCAGAAUAUCACUGAUCAGUUAUUGAAUCCUCAACUACCAUUGGCAAAAUUAAUACCUGUUUGUGAUAAGAUAUAUAAAAAAUUUUCUAAUAAUCAAGAACAAUUAAUCAUACAUUUCCAGAAUUUAUCAUGUCGAAAAGAAUUACAUGAUUACUCACAAUACGCUUAUGAUUUAUUUUCAAAUGAAACAGAUCAGUCACUAAGUCGAACAGCUUAUUCUCUUCUUCCAACACUACCUUCAACAACAGCGGGGCAUAAUAAUCAUCCAGGAUCAAAUUUUGAUUUAACAUCAUUGAUUCAGUCGUUGACACAGUAG